AUGACUAUUAUCGACUAUGCAGAGGCGUACGGCUAUAACUCCUCAGCUGCCGCCAUCAUCUUCGCCAUCGUCUAUCUCUUCUUCUGCGGAUUUUUUGCUUGGCGAUUCAUCGGGGCUCCCACUUAUGUUUACGCCGUGCUGGCUUUGUUCUGCGCAAUUCGCGUUACUGCGUUCAUAAUACGCGCUAUCAUGAUAAAAUCAGCCGCUUCAGGAGAAAAUCUUAACCUCUUGAUUGGAGAUCAAGUGCUGUUUGCGGUUGGAUUUUUUGGUCUCCUAUAUGCCGCUUAUACUCUUGUCCUUGACCGAGGUCUCCUUAGCAAAGCUCCACCUGCAGAAGAUAGGUUACAUCAACUUGGAAGUAACCGCAGACUGUUUAGGAUACUCCUAAUGGUCGGUGUGGCACUAGGAAUAGCUGGCAUAACCUCCAGCUCCGAUAACUCGUCAAGUUCCAGUGCUUCUGCCCUCCGGAAGGCCAGCCUCAUCAUUUUCCUGGCCCUUACCGUCGUUCAAGCAUACCUUACCUUUGUGUUGAUAAGGAGAGAGCUGCAAGAUACAGUACAGUUAGCGGGCUUUGGGGCAAGGCAUGGCGCUUUUAUCCUCUGCGCCAUAUCGCUGCUCCUCCUCGUUCGCGAGGCUUUCCUCGCCGCCACUAUCAGCAAUUUGAAAAAGGAGACUGAUGAGCACUUUUGGUACCCGCUGGUUGCAUUACCAGAGGUAUUGACUGUCAUGCUUUACUGUGCACCAGGUCUUGUUCCUCCUCGAUCUGAAUUGCCCAAUUAA